AAAAAAAAUAAAAGUUUUUCUUGACCCUAAUCGUGAAGAUUACGACGGAGAAUCCAGUCCCUCACUCAACACUGCGACCGGCAUCGCUUCUCGGCCUUUUGGCUAAGAUCAAGUGUAGUAUCUGUUCUUAUCAGUUUAAUAUCUGAUACGUCCCCUACCCGGGGACCAUAUAUGUAAAUUGAUUUUUGGAACUGGGAGAUGGAAUAGGGGCUUGCUCCGUCCACUCCACGCAUCGACCUGGUAUUGCAGUACCUCCAGGAACGGUGCACUUCCCACCCGGGAAGAGCAAGUCUGUCUAAAAUAAGAGAUGAAAUGCAAGUAUACAAUCCACAUUUAUAAUGAAAGGGGGCGACACAUAAUAUGUUAGUAAUGCCUUCGAUACUAUGUCUACUAAACAAGUAGAGCCGACAUCCUCGCUUCGUUCAAGUGUAGCCUAAUGUGAGCGAGAGUGAUAGGCGGAAGUAGAAGGUAGUAGGUAGAAGAUAGAACCAAAGCAUACGCAUGUCCGAUCGUUAUCACAUGUCUGACAGCAGCCAGUCGUUGUCUUUACUGUCUAUGGUCAGCUAACUUGGCUAUCCAGCUAGCGAAGCCAACUGCAUAGAUAACGUAGUUUUACAUUUACCCCACACAACCUCUAAUGAACGAUGAGGCAACAAACAAAUGCAUUCUCCCAUGCAUUUAAGUCGCUGCAAUUCAGGAGGCGAAUUCUGAAUUCCGGGCCAAAUUGGGAUGCAUUUCUUUUCAAACAUGCUGAAAUAUGAAAUCCUAAAUCACCGGUCUCCAAACGGAAGACGUAAAACGUGACCUCCCCGUCGGGGAAUUGAACCCCGGUCUCCCGCGCGGCAGCCGAGAAUUCUUUAGCUAAACGGACCUAAACGAUUUCCCAUGCAUUUCCAAUGGUAGUGCUAAACCACUUCGGAUGUAAUAUUAUGUUGGCCACUACGACUUUUUGGCGCUGUUCCGAGCGCUGUUCCGAGUUAAACCAAUAUGGAUGUAAUAUUCUUUUGGCCACAACAACUUUUUGGCGCGGUUCCGAGCUUUUAUAAAGACGCGCGGUCUUUGAAAAACGUUUCCUUCAGGCAAACUUCUGACAGGAGACUGUACAAGUCACCAGAGACUCGCUACAUUUAUUUCACGCUACUGUCCGCUGUUCCGAGCUUUUUUAAAGACGCGCGGUCUUUGAAAAACUUUCUUCAGGCAAACUUCUGGCAGGAGACGAGAGACUCGCUACAUUUAUUCAAGCUAGUGUCCAUCUAUCAAAGGUAGGUCAAGAUGCAGAGAGUGGUGUUCUUCCCAGGGAAGGUAAGUGUUGUGUUCCGCAGGGGACCACUCGGAUUUCUCAGACAGGACCCGUCUGUAGAAGCUAGACGGAUUAAGGAUGACCCCACUCGGCAGGACAAGUCUGCUCCUAUGAGGGAGGACCUCGUGCGGCAGAAUGCUCUGGCUGUGGUCCGUCAGAGAGGGGGGGAUGCCUCAGACAGGACGGAGGUGCUAGGAGACUACAUCCUGCAGUUUGGAAAGUAUAAAGGGAAGGCUUUCAGGUGGCUUUUGGAGAAUGAUAUAGGCUACACAUCUUAUCUUAUCAAGAAUCUCCGUAAGGAGGAGGCUGCAGGUAUCUGUAGGGCCGAGGGGCAUAGCAAGGAUAGCCUACUGUCGUUUGUGAAUUUUGCUCUCAGUUUUUCAGAGAUCCAGUCUCUUCUCGCCUAUGAGGCCAGUGGAGUGGGAGUUGUGGCAGCCUCAUCAGAAGAUGACCAGCUGGUUGGCUUUGGGACCCGGGCUAAGAGCACCUGGAAGGAGACAUGGGACAGCAGAUCUGAUGGCUACGCAGCCUUCAUCAUGGGGAAGAGCUGCGUCCCAGGGACACGUAUGUACAAGCUGCAGCAGUACCUACGGAAGAGGCAGCAAUCCGCCUCUGCUUCCACACCUGCUGAGCCUGCCUCAAGAGCCCAAGCUAAACCCCUGAUGAUGGAUGAGGAUGAAGAACUGGAGAGGGCGAUGUUGAGCAUCUCACCCUCUAAGCUACAACUGCAGAGCUUUGCUGUACCAGUAGCAGCAGCAACAGCAACAGCAGCAGCUGCCAUACCAGGAGUGUCACCAGGAGCAAAGACAGGACUAUGAAUUGAUCCCAGCUAUGAUGAACUGAUCUAUGAUGAACUGAUCUAUGAUGAACUGAUCUAUGAUGAACUGAUCCAUCUACAAUGAGGGUAAGUAUUCAUUUGUAUUCUCCAUACAAAAAAAAACAUUAAGCAGCAUUGGAUACUUGACACUUGAAUGCAUGCUUGUUCAUUGAGUCAUAUUACUCCUCCUGCUUAGACUAGUGAUAAGCAGUUAGGAUAAUUUGUUUAGUGUGUGUGUGGGAAUUAGACAUGUAAAAUGUGUGAAGCUAUGAGAAGCAGGAGAAGUAAAGUACGUAUGGCUGUUUGAGUUCCUACUAAUACCGAAACUUGCGUACAUUGUGAAUUCUGAAAUGACUGAUGAUUUUCUCUGUUGUAGUUCCAUCUGCGGCGCUGUCCAAACCCGCCCCUGACACAACUGUUCAACUGCAGGCAUCACUAGUUUAUGCUCCAGCCUCAUCAAGUGUGAAGAGGAGGACACCUGUUGCCCUUCCACCAGAGCUGGCAUUCCUAGUGAAGGAGACACCUAAUCCGAUAAAACCAAAGAGGCCUGAGUCAACUCCAGUUCCCUCAGCUGAGGCACCCGUUCCUGUCCCUCUGCCGAGGCAUGACCAAGACACAAUAAAAUGGAGCUGUUCUCAACACCAGAAGACGUGGAUGAAGACAGAGCUUAAAGAUCUCGGGCUGUGGCCUGGGUCUCGCGCAGUGCGUAACCCAGGGAACACAAUUUCACUGUGGCGUCUUCCUGCACAGCCUCAGCUCAUCAAUACGGUGGCUGAGCUCCCAUCCCCCAAUUUCUUCCAGCUCCAUCCAUUUUUUAUCUGGAAGCCUGAGAGUGACAUCAUGGCCAGGGUGAGAAACAAUUACAUCCUGCCAUGUCUUCAUAGCUGUCCUCAUCCGCAGGUGGUCUCAGCUGGUGUGGGCAGGCCUCGGGUGAUUGUUGGCACCAGUGGUCAAUAUUACAUCUUGUCCUCACGACUCUGCUGCAAGGCUUGUCGCAGGAACUGGUUUGCUGACAGUCCGCAGUGGCUGGAGAAGCUGCCCAAGCUCUUUUUCAACCUUAUGCCCGCAUUUCUGACUUACAAAAAGGCCAUCUGCAAGUCUGUGAUGGAUGAUCUGAGGCGCACUGGCAAGUCACCAAAUGAUAUGGCAAACCAGGUGAAUGAGGUCAUGCAUCUCAAGUAUGAGCGAGCUCACCUGGCCUACCUACAAACCACAGAAAGUGUCAUGAAUGCGGAGGCUGGCGUGUAUGGACAGAGGACCAUUGGGCAGUUCCUGAGGAAGGAAAACCAGUCUCGUGCUUUUGGCCAAUAUGAAGAUCCCGAUGGCUGGUGUGGAGUCUCCGUGUCAAGUCACUACCUGACUGACUGCCUUCUCAAUGAGUACAGACGUCAAGAGCCAUUCAUGUCCAAACUCCUCCAGGGCACCUUUGGGCAGGUCUUCAGGUCUGACCACACCAGGAAGGUUGCACGUAAAGUGACGUUGGCAUCUGGAGUCAUGUCCAGUUAUGCCGUCAUGAACGAGAACUGGAUGAUUGUUUCCUGGGUGAUGGUUCAGUCUGAGACUGAGAGGUCCUUGGAGCCGAUGUACCAGGGAAUGGCCAAGAGGUACAGCGACGCUGGAGUGGAAAAGGCAGGCUACCACUGGAUGGACAGGGAUUGCUGUGCUGCGUUCAAGAUCCCGGACAGCAUCCCUGCUGAGCAUUUGCGCUGGGAUGCCUGGAAGACUACUCCUUCUGUUGUUGCUGGAGCCACCUCUGGACUGCUGGCAAACACUUGUGCCUCACGGUCACAUUACAGCACCAACAUAGUUGUGAAACUGGACUUGUUCCACUGCUUGAGGCGUUUUUCACGGGAGUGCACCUCUGAGCAUCACCCUUUGUACAGCACUUUCUGCCAGCUCCUCUCCGCUGCCUUCUCUGUGGUGGAUCAGGAGGACUUAAAGAGGCUCAAGGACGCUUAUGAGUUCUGUGGCAUCCAUCCAGCCAAUCCCACCAAACAACAUACACGAGAGCACUGUAGGACCAAGAUACCACAACCCACAGAGCUGCUGGACAGAGUGGAGAAAGUCCUGAAACAUUUUCAUCUAGCUACGGACCCCAACAACGUCCCACUCUUUAAGCCAUCUAUGCUGAAGUUGUGGCGCAUACAGAGAGUGCACAUUCUCCGUGGUUGCCUCAGUGACCCUGAACUCGCAGAGGGUAUAAUGUACCGGUAUGGUGGCACUCUUCAGCUGAACCAUGUUCCUGGUGAAGGCGCCAAAGUUCCAAUAUGGAUCCCUGUCAGAGGUACAUCACAGCAGGAGGGAUACCAUUUCCACCAGGCCCAGUGGGUCACAGGGACUCAUGUCUCCACUGAAUUGUUCCAGGCCCAGGGCAUGACCGGGGUGGCACGGUGGAACUAUCAACGGCUGGUGGACCUUAAGCAGCCAGGUGUCAUCCUCCCUGCUGUGUUUGAUCCAGCUUUAUUAGUGGAGUUGAACUCUGCCUCUAAGACAGUGACUGGGCAAGACAAGUACCUUGCACUCCACCUCUCUGACAGAGACACCGGAGAGAGGUUUGGUCUAGAGUACCAAGAACCAGGCUGCCGUCCAGUCCCUCUGGAUUGGGACAAACAUAGAACCCAAAAGAGAGGUGAAUUUGCUGCUGUUGUGCCUCCAUCCAGUGUGCAGGCACCCGGUCCUGCCCAAGCCCUAGAAGCAACACCCCCCUCCAGCUGGACACCGCCACCUGGCACACCAUCCCCUGGACCAGCACCCUCUUCCAGCUGGACACCGCCGCCUGGCACACCAUCCCCUGGACCAGCACCCUCCUCCAGCUGGACACCGCCGCCUGGCACACCAUCCCCUGGACCAGCACCAUCCGUUGGCCAUCCGCUCUCUGCACUUCCAAAGCAGGAGAUGUUGACAGACGACCUCCAGGAACCUCCCGCAGCAAUGGAACUCUCAUAUGCCCUGCCCCAGCGGUCCUCGCCAAGGAGUGCCCGCACUGGACCCAUUAAGUCGGGUGGACGGGUUUUUGUGUUAGACCACACACGCUGGACGCCACCAAUGAAAAGUGCUGUUGACUGCUUGCUGCAGAAAUACCAUGGGGAGAAGGACAUGCUGCAGCGUGUGGAUCACGAUUAUGCAGACAUGGUCCAUCGGUCUGCCAGUGAUCCCAACAGUUUACUGCACCCCACAACCAGGCUACACAUAUCCCGCUAUGUGAAGCACCUGGCAAAACUCAUAAACACCAAAUCAUCUUUGAACACGAGCCCGGAAAAACUUCUGCUGACACAACAGCUGUGGCACUCUUUAACAGAGGGGAGUGAGACGGUUAGUGUUCCUGUGGUCACUAUGGGGCCGGCUAUUUACAAUCCACCUCUACCUGCAUCUGCCCUGUCCACACCUCUGUCACAAGAAUUGAUAGACAAAAUUGUGGAGGGCAUCAUGAAGCAGCAGCAGCAGCAGCAGCAGCAGCAGCAACAGCAGCAGCAACCGCAGAAGAAAAGGCAGACAAAGACCUGUCGUGCCUGUGGACAGCCCAAGUCUCAAUAUGAGACUGAUGGAUCCUCCAUCCACUUUUUUCACCAGCAAGGGCCUGUGCGCUAUUUUUAUUGUUCUAGAAGGGUGCAUCAGAUUUAUGCUGCUGAGGGACUCUCAGACCCCACAAUGCCCUUUGAAGACUUUUCCCAGACAGAGUUCUACCAGAGGGAGCUGGAGGCCACCAGGAAACGGGUGGAGGAUAUGAAAGAUAAAAAGAGGAAAAGACCAGAAUCACAACAUAAAGGCCACCUCUGCAGAUUCUGCCACUUGGAGCUGAAACAGGGACCAAACAGCCCACACAUCCAUACGGGCUUCCCUGGAGUGGCAGGGAAAUAUAUUUACUGCCCAUCGAAAGUGUACUCUCUAUACCGAAAUAAGGGCAUGACCAAGGAGAUGACCUGGACGGAGUUUCAGGAGUCUCCUUUCUAUGAGGCUGAGAGACAAAGAUGGGUGGAAGGAAAGAAUAAAUGAUUUCCAUGUAUAUGUUUUUUUAUUGAAUUAUUGUUCUGGUUGUUUAAAUAAUAUUUGACUAAAUAAAUACAUUGUAUAUAUGGUCUGUAGGCUUCUGUAUAGAUGUAAAUAGAUUCUAAAUGGAUGUACAUUUUAAAUAUGAAAUAUGAAAAUAUAUAGUAAAUAUGAAAAUGUAAUUUUGUUCAAGUGGAGUUGAAACUAACCAAGUAUUUGUCUG